AGGCCAUUUGCUACUAUCAUAACAUGGCGGCUUCGGAAGGCGAUCAUCGCGUACAUAAGUCUCCGGCUGCUGCGCAAAGACCACCUCAUCUCAAGGCACUAGAGGUUUUUUCAUUCGUGUUUGGCAUAUUUUUCGAUGCCUUGUGACAUGUAUCGUUGACAGUUGGUGCGUUUUUCGCUUUAGGGUUUAACCUUCUCUGAAAGCAUGUCGAGGCGACCCCCUCGCCUUCGAAGGCGUUCAAUUUCGGUGUCUUCCACAGACAGUUAUGGAAGCUCAGGUGAAGCGAGCAUGAAUUCUUCUCUUUUUUAAUGAUUUUUUGGCGCAUUCUGAUUCUUCUCUCUUUCGUCUGAGAAAUCUAUACUUCGUGAUUUCUCGUACAAGAGGGUGUAUUUCUUAACAGUUCAUUCGUCUUCGUGCUUUGGGAUGUGAUCAGCCGCUCUUUAUUUUAAUUUCAAAUUGUAAUCGUAUUGAUACAGUACUAAAAAUCUUUAUCUUACAGAAGUUGUGAAUUGUAGGUUUCCUCUUAACCUUCCUAUACACAACAAGUAGAAUCUUAAGCAAUUUUAUUUUUUAUAACUUAUGCCUACGGCUUAUCUGCAAGCAGCAGUUCAUGUCAUUAAAACUACAAUAUUCGCCUUCUUGCAGCUAGCUACUCGGACAGCUAUUCAUCAGAUGAAGACGAUGUAUCUCCUAGGGAAAGAUCUCAGGUAUGUUCUUGAAAUUUAUAACAAAAGCACUUUAUAUACAAACUCUUUGCCUGUUUCUUCGCCUUCAAUUUCCACUGCUAAUAGCCUGAAUGCUAGCUAAUAACAUAUGCAUAAAAAACUUUGUUCAGAAAUGAAUAAGCAGAGCUUACCGGGUGUUUUGAUUCGAUUGAUCGAAUGUUGGAUCGACAGUGUAGGGAGUUCUUAGCUUAUGUGUAAUUUUUUGUGAAGAUUUACUUCGCAUGAAAAUCAGCAGAAGCAGUGUGCGGCAAUUAAGACUGAAAGCAGCGAGCGUAAAUUUAACUAAAAAAAAUAAAUAUAUAAAUGAACUCCAACCACCCGGUCGAUCGAUAGCUAGAAUAAAAAAUAAAUAAUAAAAAAAAUCGGCGGGAGUCUCCCGUAGAUAGAAACAGUACAAAUUUCUUGUCUUAGUUUCUGUGGUUUUAAACGAAAACACUUUCGUUGAGGAAAAUAUAUCCAGACGAUAUGGACCUUGCAAUUUGUUCAAAGACUCGUAAAGUUAGUGAAGUGCAACCGAUUAGCCAAACAUGACGUCAUAUGCUUACGUAAUGAGCGUUCUUUAAACGAAUCGACCGGUUUCCAAACAAAAUUUCAAUAUUUUUAAACCUUUUUGGACCAUCGGAUUGUUAUUUCUUUUAUUAAUAGUGUUUGUUUUUGAAGGUUGUAUGCGUAGAUGCAAUGAAAGCAGUACUAUGUGACUCAGCUUAACUAUAUUGGCUUUUGUAGAGUGUAUGAUAAUAUAGCCAGCAUCUAUUGGAAUUUGGUUCUGUAUUCAUUUGUUAAUUGUGUAGAGAUUGGCUGUUUGUUUCAAAGAUAUUUUCUUCUAUAGCAUUUGACGUAAAAUGGGCUUAGAGGUUUUCUUCCACUGAAGCACAUCUGCAUUUUAGAAUUAUUGUAAACCACAGAUGUACAUGGAGAAAUUUCAUGGUUGGCUGUACAAAUAAAUACUAGUAUUUAUUUUUUGGGCUGCAACACAUUUUAAGAGCAGUUUCUAAAUUAUCACAAUAUACAAAUAUAGUCAGCUUUUACCAACCCAAAAUAGUUUUGAGGCAACUUAAAAUAUACUUGUUCAUAUAAAUAUAGCACAGAACUGUGAAAAUGAGAACAAAUCUUGUUGUUAAUUAUUAAGGAUUACUCCGUAAUCCUUAGCCAGGUGAAACAUACUGGAUGGGAACUGUUUCUCAUUGUACAGUCAAGUUUCUUUUCUUUAAAAUUCCCCCCAGUUAAUGAGCAUCUCAUUUCUUACUUUGAAUCUUAAGUUUUCUCAAUUUUUGCAAAAUUAGUAAGACAUACCAAGAAAAAAAAUUGCACUUAAAACAUUUUGUUCUUAAGGAGGAGAUUCAAGUAAUAGAAUUGCAGACUAACAUUUCAGACCACGAAAAGGUUUAAUUUUUUUUAAGCAAAAAAUUGACCAGUAUUGAUGCAAGAAUCAAACCUGAGCCUCAGUGCAGUGGAAAAUAUUUUUAAUCAUCACAAUUUUGUAGAUAAAUGAAAUGGUUAAUUGUUUGUCUCUAUUAAUUUUGUUUGCGCUGUUGCUUUAUUGCUGUGCUUCUAAGCCACCUUUCUUCAUACUUUUAUUUUGUUUUCAUCGUUAUGUCCUUGUUAUGCUACCAUUUUAUUUCUUCAGUUUAUUUCAUUUUGCUUUGGACAUUUCUGCUAACUUUUCUCUUAUUAAAUGUAAACUGUUACAAAUACGCGCAUCUUUCACAUACAUGUUCACAGAGGAAAAAUAAUGUAACAGUUUGUUUCAUAUUAUUUCUAUUGUUGCUAGGGUCACCUGUACCAAACUGCCAACUUCAAUUGUAGUAAACAAGCCAUGAAUUCCAUUAAGACCUUUUGUUGUUUUUUUUCUUUGAUCCAAAGUAGUGAGUGACAAAAUUGUGUGCAUCUGGAAUCAUUGUUCAUUUCUCAUAUUGUGACCGUUCAAUUUAUUUCACCUGUGAACUCCCAAGAAUUGAAUGGUAAUUCUCUUCACCAAUGGCCAUACAUUACCUUUUAGAGAAGACAUGAUAAUUUGGUGUUGUAUCAAGAUGAAACCCUUCCGCUGUAAAGUUUGCCUUUUCUCAUCUCUUGUUUCCAAUUGAUUAUCUCAAAAUUGCAAGGGGAAAAUUCAUGUUGAUCUUUUCAGAUAGUUAACCCUUUAUCUUUCAUGAGUGAACAAGUCAGAAUUUCUCUUUACCAUAUCAAUACAUUAUCAAGUCGACAACUGAUGGGAAUGAAGAAAAAUUUCAAUUAGGGGAUUAUAAGGUGAUCUAAUACCAAAGUCUCUGGACCAACAUGUAAACAAUUGUAUGGCAGACUCUAAGGAGAAUUACUGAUAAGAUCUUGGGAGUGAUAGGGGAAGUGACUCUAGUAACAGUUGAAGCAAUAUAGAGGCUAGAGUAUGAUACAUCCAUUUUCUAUGUGCAGAAAAACAGCAGCGGUGGAUCUGAUUUUUGUGUUAAGAAUAUUAAGCUGGCUGACUUUGGUCGCAGGGAAAUUGAAAUCGCUGAACAAGGCAAGCAGAAAUUUAUGUUGUGAUAGAGGGACUUGUUCACUGUCUUUUAAUACUCCAACCCAAUCCAGUAUACCCUUUAAUAACUUAAUAUGUAACAUAUUGUUUAUUGUAGUACUGAAGUCUGCCUUUAUUGAAAUGGCUGUUUUCCCACAUUUGCAUAUUAGUAGUGAAUAUUACACUGUCUCAAUUUACCAGCACAAGAGGAUUUUCUUCAAUUUGACAUAAUCUUUGUUUUGAGCUUUUUCUUUUUGUUUACAGUGUUAGAUUUUAAGAUCCUACAGAACUUAAACAUGUGAAAGUUACCUGUCAGAUUUUAAUUUGAUUUGGAUCCUCAAUCUGAAAAUCAUUUGAAAUUUGAUAGAGAGGUUCCUGAAAUAUUUUGAACCAAAACAGAUCUUAGCUGUAAAGGAGAAAAUCCCAUUUAAUAUAUUUGAAGUUAAAGAGAACUUUGUACGAAUUUUUUUCAAAGUGCUUAUGAUGGUGAAAAUAAAAGGAGUAUACCAUUUCUUUCACAAGAAAUUUUUUUUUCUUUUUCUUGUUAGGACUGUUAUAUUUUUGAUUUGAAACACAAUUAAGGUGGUCCAUUUAAAAUGGUUCUUGUCUAGCAUUACAUUCUAGUCUAUUAUGAAAAACAUUAUUAACCUUAUUUAGAGUGAUCACAAGUAAAUAAGUUGAAUAUUCACCUGUCUUAUACUUAUUUCCCAAACAGAAAUGCCAGGUCUUAUGCUCCUGAGAAAACGGAAUUGCACAGACAAGCCACUAGAUGGAGCUAAAAUUGUUGGUUGCACACAUGUGACUGCGCAGGCCGCAGUAAGUAAACAACUUUUGAUGACUUUUCCCAUGGAGAUUUGCAGAAUUUCAUAGUUAAAUUUACAAAAUCAACCUGUUGGAAUUAGGUUUUGUGUUAUAUGAUGUUUCAUUUUGAAGCUAAGUGAUUUUCAAUCUUUUUUAAGUCUAAGAGUUGAUAAUAGUUUGAAGAAAGUUUUUUUUUUUAAUUUUUAUUUUUCUAUGCAGUGAAGACCUUUGGAACUACUUUUGUAAAGUUCAGCAUUUUAGUGACUUGAGGAAAUAAAAUCUCCAAGGAUUGUUGAUAGAUAAUUAGUUGCCAACUUCCUGGUUUUAUAUGUAAAUACAUUCUUUACAAUCAAAUGUAUUAAUGCUUUUUCAUAUUUGUUACAAUUCAGGUUUUGAUAGAAACCCUGACUGCUCUUGGUGCCCAGGUUCGCUGGUGUGCAUGCAACAUUUACUCCACACAGGUUAGUUUGAAAAGUGUAAAAUUGUAACCCUCUAACUCCCAGAAGUGAUUAACAUGAAACGUCUUCCUAUGAUAUCCCUAUAUUAUCCCACAAACAGGCAAUUAUAAUACUCAAACUUAUCAGGUAGAAGUUGUUAUCUUGAUUUAACACCAAAUUCCCAUAACUAAUUUACAAGGGAAUGUAUAGCAGCUACAGGGGAAAAUUGACAGUUAAAUCAGGGAGUGAAUGGGUUAAAUUAUUUACUCUCAUAGUUCUGUCACAAGAGUUUCUUUAGAAGAAUAUGCUUGAUUGGUUUUAACUUGUAUGUCAUUGAAUUGAUUUUUUAAUUUUCAACAGAAUGAGGUUGCUGCAGCCUUGGCUGAAGCAGGUUAGCUGGUUAUCUUGCUCAUCAACUUCUGGAUAUUUGCUCUAAAAUCUGUGAAGUACAUGCAACAUCUUUACUUCCUUGCCUGAAGUAAAUUUUUCAUUGUGUGGUUUAUUAGGUUACGCCAUCUUUGCCUGGAAGGGAGAAUCUGAGGAAGAUUUUUGGUGGUGCAUUGAGCAGUGUAUCACGGCAGACAAAUGGCAACCAAACAUGGUACUGGAUGAUGGCGGUGAUGCAACUCAUCUUUUGUACAAGAAAUUUAAUGGCACUUUUAACACACUGCGUGGAGUAGUGGAAGAGAGUGUUACUGGGGUUCACAGGUUAGAUUUGAUGAUUAACCUCUUACCUUUAACCUUUCACCCUUAACACUUUAACUCCCAGGAUCUAAUUUUCAAUUCUCCCCUCUAGCUGCUACACAUUUGCUAGUAAAUUAGUGAGGGGAAUUUGGUGUUAGAUCAAGAUAACGACUUUGACCUGAUAAUAUUGAAUAUUCUCAUCACCCUUUUGUGAAUAAUGUAUGGAAAGUAUAGGGAGAAGGUACAUAUUAAUCACCUCUGGGAGUCAAAGGGUUAACCCUUAACACCCUAACAUUUGUUUUAAUUCAUUGAAGGUUGUACCAGCUUUCCAAGCAAGGAAAACUAACAGUGGCAGCAAUGAAUGUUAAUGACUCAGUCACCAAAGUAAGUGUUGUUGUAACUUCAGACUUCAAUACAAAUUGACAAAAAUUAUUUCCAAUUGGCAUUAUAAGAUAAAAAUUGUGAAGAGGACUGACUCAAGGACCUUGAUAAAUUUUGUAUUUGUAGACGAAGUUUGACAACAUGUACUGCUGUAGAGAAUCAAUCUUAGAUAGGUAAGUAUAUUGUUUAGAAAUAUUUACAGGAAUUUCACACAUAUAUUGUAUGUGCACCAUUCUUCAUUGUGAUAGCUGACAUGCAAAAAAAAAACAAAUAAAACUAUUUUGAGUAGCGUUUUACCUCUCAUAUCUCCACCUUUACUUAUGCAGAGUUUCUAAGAGAUAUAUUAUGAUUAAAUAUGAUUUAAAAUAUGUAACAGUUAACAUUUUUCAACUUUUAGCUUUUAGCUUUAUGCAUUUUAUUUUUUCUUCAUCUUGUUAUUUUCUAUUAUAAUUUAUUUAUUUAUAUAUGUGCAACUUUUAUUCUUCUUACUGUUAUUAUGAUUGUAAUUGUUAUUUUUGGUAUACAGGACCUCGUUGUAAACCAUAUAUGUGAAAUUUUUAAGAAGAGACUAUGGUUUUAUUUCUCCAGGAAACCAAGAAGUUGGAAUUAAUUUUCUUUCUUUUGUAGUUUAAAGAGAACCACAGAUGUAAUGUUUGGUGGCAAACAGGUUCUUGUGUGUGGAUAUGGUGAGGUAAAUGAUAAGUUGAGCUUUGCUUAAACCCAUAGGCCACCAAGAGUGACUAGUAUUGGAUUUUUCCUUACAAUAUCCCCCCUGAAUUACACAUUGAGGUCACAAGACUAAAGAAAUGAUCACAAACUCAAGAAGCUCUAAAUUGUUAAACAGUUUCUCUAUCAGCACCUUAGGAAAUGUGUGAAGAAUCGUAUCAAGAAUAGGCAUACUGCUGUUAGGGUUGAUAUGAAUUUACUUUUAAAAGUGAUACAUUGUGAUAGUAACUGACUGAUCUUUUUUUUUUACCAGGUUGGUAAGGGUUGCUGUUCAGCUCUCAAAGGUCUUGGUGCUGUAGUGUAUGUUGCAGAAAUUGAUCCCAUCUGUGGUCUGCAAGCGUGGUAGGUUCAUCUCUCUCAUCCUCAGUUUGCGAUGCACAUCUGGCUUUACAUGCAUUAAUGAUUUCAAGAGACCUUUAUUGAAAGCCUUGCAGAGAUUGAAACAAGUGUUAGGUCUUGGUUCUGUGGUGUAUGUUGUAGAAAUUGAACUUGGUAAUGGGCCUUGCUCACCAUAGAGUCUCUGUGGCUCAGUGGUAGAGCAUUGAAACACUGACUCCAAAGGUCUGAGGUUCCAUUCCUCAUGGGGGCUCAAAAUAUUUGCUUUGUCCCAUGCUUGUGACAAGACAAAAAUCAUCUUUUUCCAAGUUUUAAAUACUUGAUUUUUAAAAUUACUUUUCUUCUUUUAAUAUUUUGUUUAGCAUGGAUGGAUUCCGAGUUGUCAAGAUUGACAUGGUGGUGAAGAAUAUUGACAUCCUUAUCACUUGCACAGGUAUCUGACGGGAAAAGCCUGAACAUUUUUAAUUUUUGAAUGUCUAGGUUGAUAUGUGAUAUCAUAAUCAGGCUUGAAAUUGAAAACAAUGUCUUACAUUCUCUUUGGGGCCGAAGUGGCCAGAAAUGUUUGCUGGGAUUAAAUUUUCAAUUGCCAUUUCAUAAACUGCAUCUGUAAGUAUCACAAAUUUGGCUCAGCUACAAUGUAUGACAUAUCAAACAAAUACUUGAAAUCUGUGCUGGGCUUAAAAAAGGGGAACAGAUAUCCUGUAUGCAGAAUGUAUGUUUAAAAUGGAGGGGUUUAAUGUCAACAAACUUUGCUUAUCCAAGUUUUCUCUUUGCAUUGUUUUCCAUUUCACGACAGGCAACAAGCAUGUUGUUACAAGAGAUCAUCUGGACAGAAUGAAGAAUGGCUGUAUUGUUUGCAACAUGGGGCAUUCAAAUACAGAAAUUGAUGUGGUAAGAUGAACUGAUUGACUAACUAACGUUUGCAAGAUACUAAGAAAAAUAAUAAACAAGGUUCUGAGCUCAACUUUGUCAAACUCCCCAUUUAGCAACCUUGUGAUUGUCAGCUUUUACAAUAAUGCACUCUGCUUUUUGUCACGACUAUAAGGAACAAUAGGGAUUUGGUGCCUAUCAGUGUCAAACUGGAAGAUCUCAUUGUGCAAACUCACAGCAUGGCUUAGCUCCUGUAAGAGCUAUGUAGUAAUACUUUUCUGGCUUGGUUUUCAGGCUAGCUUAAGAACUUCUGAUCUGACGUGGGAGAAGGUCAGAACCCAAGUAGAUCAUAUUAUCUGGCCAGAUGGCAAGAGAAUUGUGUUGCUGGCAGAGGUAUUGUAACUAACUGUCUUUCUUUUCAUUUUUUUUUUUUAAUUCUUCCCUCUCUCUCUUUGCUGAAAUUAAUAAUCAUGAAGGUUUCAUUUCACAUUACUUGAAAAUCGAUAAAAGAAAAAAAACCUUGAGGUGAUGGAAAUAGAAAAUGACUUUAACCCUUUGACUUCUAAGUGUGACUAACAUCUUAUUUCUCCUCACUUCUGAAUCACUUUUAAAGAUGAUGAGGAUGAAGAAAAUUAUCACUAGCCAAAGAAGCCCUUGAUUGUUAAACAAAUUCUCCUUCUCAAGACUUAAGGAAUGUAUAAAAAACAGCGUAGAGAAGAUACAUACUUUUGUUAGGGUGUAAAGUGUUAAAUGCAGUAACUAGUAAUGUUUUUAUAGAUGUCACUGUUUACUUUAAAUUUUCUUGUGGCUUCAGCACUUCUUACCUCCAUCUGAAACACAUUUAUUAAUUAACAUAUUGUACACGACCAUCAGGUGACCAAUCUUCUCUCAGUUAUUAGAUUGACUGUAUUCAUUUUGUUUAUUGCAGGGUCGCCUCGUCAAUUUGAGUUGCUCUAGUGUUCCUUCAUUUGUAGUGUCAAUUACAUCAACAACACAAGUAAGAAUAAAGUUUGGUCUGAUGUCUUUGAAAAAUAUUUUAACAAUGCGAGCUUUGAUGUGUGUACUAAGUUAUGUUUAAUUUUUUUUCUCUCACAGGCCAUAGCAUUAAUUGAACUUUUCAAGGCACCUCCUGGUAGAUAUAAACAUGAUGUCUAUCUUCUACCCAAGAAGAUGGGUAAGUGAUCAGUGUGUAAGUUUUCUUUACAGUUGUCACACUCUAUCAAACAGACAGGUCGGGGGAAGUAAGGAAAUGAUUGAGAAGAGGACAGGUUUUUGAUGGAACACUAAAUUGUCAGGAACAGCUGGCAAGAAAUGCAAGAUGAUCAUUUAGGAAUAUUAUUUAUACAAAGGUUAAUUCUAUUGCCAUCUUUUGCCUUUCAGAUGAGUAUGUAGCAAUGUUGCACUUGCCAACGUUUGAUGGCCAUUUGACAGAGCUGACAGAAGAACAAGCAAAAUAUCUUGGAGUCAACAAGAAUGGCCCUUUCAAGCCCAAUUAUUACAGGUUGGAAUGA